CAAGUGCAUACCAAGAACGAUGGAGCCAACGAAACUGAUGUUCAAGGUGCUGCAUGAGGCUGAGGCUUGGUGACGUGGUAGCCUUUGAUUGCGCACUUGGUUUCCGGUGAGCUCUUCUAGCGCUUUCUCAUGGUGGAGUGGACGAUCUAUAAGACUCCAGUCUGCUUGUUUGUGUUAACAGCUUCAUUUGCUUGCUUUGCAAGCUGGCAAUCUGAGCAACCAAUCUACGCUAGAGGACAACAUCAUCCUCUCCAGCUGCCAACGCUGCGGCCUGAGCCUUUCGGGAUGCCUCCACAGACACCGGCAUCUCCGUCGAAGCCACAUCGUCGCAGCAGCUGUACACGUUCAUUCGCCACUCGCAAGGCUUUGGCAGAUCAUAGCCUGGUUACUAGCCAUGGCUUUCCUUGCACUGCGCUUCAAGGUCACAGGUCCUCACCAGCACAUACUGCGCUAGUAUCUACGGCACCAGAAAAUGCGGUAAACAGUGGAGUGAAUGUUGCUUCUGGGCCUCUACAGAGUGGCACGUUGGCAAGUCAGGUUGUGCAAGAGUUUAAGUGCACCAUAGCAGGAUGCAACAAAAUCUUCAAGACUUCACAGUCACGAACGCAGCACCUGGAAUCGGCAACUCAUGGGAAGAAGGUGACGGGGGCAACGGCAAAGAGUAGUGUGGAAGCUGCUACUGUCAAGCCGAAAGUGCACAGUCGCCAGAACGCCGUGCGCCACAAGAAGUCUGUCAGUGCACCAAAACCUGCACAACCUUCCCUCUCCAAGAACAUCAGAGCAUCAGUACACGUACCCCUAUUUCGGUGGGAUACUAGGUGGUCGUCCAUCUCAACCGCACAGUACGGGUCCACCAUGACAGCGCUUAGAGCCCUCAUACCAACGCCGGAGGUCUCUUCCUUGACCCGUGUAGAUAGGGAGUUCUGGACCCCAAAUCAGAAGACUGCACCUCUUCGCGACACCGCUGUUCUCAAGAGGCAGGCGAUAGUACUCAACUGCGAGAUGGUUGGCAUUGGUCCCAAGGCCACCACAUCAGAGCUCGCUCGGCUCUCAGCCGUCGACUUCCUCACAGGCGAGCUCUUGGUCGAUACACUCGUCCAGCCGCUUAGCACUGUAACAGACUGGCGCACACAGUGGAGUGGUAUCACUGCAGAGGCUUUGUGUUGGAGGAAAGGUAUCUACCGAUUGCCAUCUGUUUGCUAGCGGUCCACCGCACUGAUUGUGUUUGCUAGCGGUCCGCUGCAGUGACUGUCCAGCUCAUUUGGUU